GUUUAGCGCGUACACGGUGCAUCACUUUGUAAAUUGAGUACAAACAAGAUGUGGAUUAAUUUUGAAGAUUCACCCUUCGAAGAUGAAACCAUAUCGAACGCUUUCUCUUCGCGUGGCAUUUACCGUAUUACCAGCGAUAAAGAGGUACAGAUUUCUCCUCAAGUUCAAGCCAGCGUUCAAAAUCGGAAAAUGGUUUUGGCAAUUGACACCACAUUAUUUCUGUUAGAGGAUGAAACAACUGGCAAAUGCAACAUUAUAACUUUCGAGUCAAACAUCGAUUUGUUGCUCAUUUCGGCCACCGGUAAUUUAAUCUUGUGUAGCCUUAGUAAUGGAGAAGUUCAUGGCCUUUCUAUAAGUGGCCAGGUGCUGUUUAGUCCUUGCAUACAAAAGGAAGAUAUUAAUGUGACAGGAGGCCGAUCGUUUGUCAGCCUGCAACAAUUAGAUAGGAGAUAUUGUUUGGUUUGUUCAAAUGGCAGUGUUUACGGUUUUUCGGAAUUCGAUGAGGAGGCUCUCGAAGCAACUUUACAUUCAAAUAUCCCUGAAUCAGAAGUCGAAAAUGUUACCGUAGAUAUUUUAAACCAUGUUACGUUAAGCCGUUUGUUUUCCAUAAAAGGACUACAGGAAAUAAAGACUUCUUUGCUUCUUUCCCAAGGCAUAGAAGAAGCUCCUCUACUUUUAGCAGGGACCUGUGGCGCGUUUUAUCAGCGGAACUGUCAAGAAGGAUGUGUACUCCUACUUUUACCAGAAGAAUAUAAUGGCGUCAAACAUGUAUACAAUCUGGAAAAUAAGAUCAUCCUUUUAACGAAUUCUGGUCAUUUGCUUAAAUAUUGUCCUUUGAGUCAAUUGUUAAAGUUAGCAAAUGAGCAAGAUACUCAUUUAUUAAUAGAUGACCUUAUAGUUAUGGAAUGCAAUGGCAGAAACAUCGAAUUUCUAAUACUUACCAAAAGUAAUGAAAAAUCGCGCUCUAUAAAAAUGAUUGAUUAUCCCUCAUUUAAAUGUUUAAAUGAAUUAGAAGUCGGAGGUUAUGUUUGGCUAGUGCAGCAGCCCAAGUCUUCGGUAAAUCUUUAUUAUAUAAGCGGGCAGGAAAACAAUAGCAAGCAGCACCCAACUAUUUUAGAAUUAAUUAUGGUGUCAGAAACUGAUCCAAGUGAAAGAUAUAAAAAACUCAUAAAUAAAGGCUAUUUAGAAGAAGCUGAAGACUUCGGCAAAAAAUUCGAGCUGUGUUUGCAACCAAUUUAUGAAGCCACUGCUAAGCGUCUAUUGAGAACAAUAAAUGCCAUGGAUGUUAGUAAUCCUGAAGUUAUAGAGGAACAAUUUUCUACCUUGAUUAUGCUGUUCAAAAAGAUCGAAGACAAACAAUUCUUUCGCGAAGCACGUAUGUUCAGUCUGCCUUCUCGUCAUAUUUUAGAAAAAUAUUUACAAGAAAUCCUUAAAUACUUGGACAAUGAGCUGGAUGAACAAUAUAUUGUAGAAAUUAUUGAACAAUUGCAUCGUUUAAAAACCCUGGUUAUUAUUGAUCCUUAUGAAGUUAAUAGCGACUGGUUGAAAUUUGUACAUCAUCCGAAUCUUAUUAAAUAUAUAACUGGGUUGUUUAAGACGGAUAUGCCUUUAGCAUGUUUGAUAUGGAAACGUCACGCCAGCUCUCUCAUGUCACAGCUUAAUAAACAUGAACUGCGUAAACUUAUGAGUUUAAUACCACACGACACUAAACCUUUUAAUUUCUUGCAAUGGUUAAAAGUAUUUGUACCAAUUGUAUAUAACACCCAUCCAAAUGUAGUGCCUUAUAUAACGGAGUGGAGUACGCAGAAGACUCGAGCAUUGCAAUAUUCCGAUCACUGGCCAGAUAUUGGCUUAGAAUUUUGCACAAAAGUAAUGGAAGUCUUCGAGGAAAUAGAAUUUAUGCAUUCGGAUGUAAGGCGUCAGCACGAAAGAAAUAUUAACAAACUAAGAGAAUUGGUUAAUGCUUUACAGGACUUAUUUGUAUUAAAGAAAACGUACAAUUUGGUGUUCACUUUGGACAAUUAUUUGCAAGAUCGCUUAGACGAAACCGCUAAAUGUAUUCUCCGAAGGGUCCACUUAGAUAAUUUAAAAAGUUUAAUCAAUGACUUCCUUUAUCCUAUAUAUCAAGAGAAGAGCCAGUCGCCAGUUACGGCCAUUAAGUGUUACAUCUCUUUACUUGUAGCUAGCAGGAACUCUUUUAGCUGUUGGUUAGAGAGAUCUGUAGCUUGCAUAGAACUUUUGCACAAUGAAGAUGAUCGCUUAGAGUUGGCCUUAUUAAUACUACAGAACUCUCCCGUCCCUUGGCCCGACGUUGUAGCACCGCUCCUUAAAUUUCGAUAUUCUAGUCAUCCGUUGGCUUCAAAGAUCAACACUGAAUAUGAAUUACAAGUUAUUAAGUUAAUGAAAGCAAAGUAUGGUUGGCCUACUGAUAGCGGAGCAGAUGUUAAUUUGAACUUGUUUGCGUUUCGCAUCGUUAAAAUGAAUUUACCCGAUAUGUUGGAUGAUAUAUGUAUUCUAACUAGAGUUGCACCGGAGAUUGCUGUUAGCGCCAACUUUAAUUGCUGUUAUCAAUUAGUUAAAAACGGUAAAUUAGAUGUGGCGUAUGAGUUUUUCAAAAGCUUGAAGUUUAACAAUGAUUCUAAGUGUAAUUGUGAAAUGGUGGAAUUGUUUGCGAAUUUGCUUGAAAGCUCCACUUUCGUUCUUACUGAUGAUAAGUCUCUCGAAGAGCAAUGUGAAUUAAUAAAAUUUUUCAAACUAAUCGCCAAACACGCGGACCGUACAGUCCCAAAACGUUACGAAUUUGUACAAAAUAGAUAUAUUUUACUUUGCAAGUAUGGUAUAAAAACUAACGACGUUAGUGAAGUAAUGAAUAGUAAUAAUUGCUCAAAGUUUUUGGACAUGGGCAUUGAAAAUAUCAUCAAACGUAAAACAGAAAUAGAGGAUAUAUGUAAAUAUUUUAUGAUGGAAAUGCAACAAUUAUCAAAAGCCUUGAACAUGUCUAUCGUGGCAGGUAUUAAGCAAUUAUGUUGUCGUACAAAUUGUUUGGUGAUGUCUUGCGCUUUGGCCUACAAUGUUAUGCAAUUAACGGAUGAAAGUGCCUCCAGAAAUACUUCAGCUCCGCUGCUUAACGAUGUCGAUCCUUUAGCUUUUCCUUUAGCUUAUGAACUAUUGACUCAAGCCUCAUUUCAAGAAAGAAAUAAUUUAUUUGAAUUAACGGAACUAAUAAACUAUUUACGCAUUGCCAGAGAUAAUUACGCUCACAAUGCUAUCGAUGAGUUGUAUAAUGAACGAGAAAAAGAUGUUAUGAACGCGAUAUUCUUGGCUUUAAAUACCCCGAAAGGACUAGUUUACGAAACCACGCUGAAUCAAACCAAUAAUAUGAAUAUGUCGUUUGAUUUAAAACCAGAAAUUGAAAAACUGAAAAAACGUGUCUCGGUAUCGAUAUUCGAUAAAUUCGAAGAAACCCCUCAGCCCGCAAGCAAAUCUUUAGCCGAUCAUCGUGAUCACUGUCACAUAGUAAAGUUCGUAGCUCAUACUUUAUUAUUCCUCGUGCUGAAAGCUCCUUCUACUAAUCACCUAAUAUUGCAUUUAAAGAACUUAUUAACCGAAGAAGAUAAAAUUAAAAUGGACAUUGAUCAUGCCCGAGAGAGUUUUUUUUUAUCAUUAGAGCAUUUAAUUAAAACCAAAAAACAUAGAGUUUGGUAUACAAUGGCGCAGUAUUUGAUUAACUACCAGCAGCGCCACCGAUGUAAUUUAAUUAAUACUGAUUUUUUGUCAAUGCAAAUGACUCGCGUUCUAAGAAAUGAUAUGACCACUAAAAAUUGCAAUUUUUUAGAUUUAUUCGUUAUGCUUACCGCUGAUCCCCAUUCGCAUAUGUUGUUGGAAAAAUUAUCUCAAGAGGUGAGAACUAAUCAACAAAAAGUUAAUUAUCUUACUUUAGCGGAAAUGUAUAAUACCCGUUUCGGAGAAUUAAUUCAAGCGGAAGUCAUGCGCAGCAAACGUAUUAAACACUAUUAUUAUAUGGAAUUUUGCAAACAGGAUUCCACUCUCAACCACAAAUUUAAUGCUGAAAUAGACUCCAUAGAAAUGCUUUUGAAAGAAGUCCAUAAUAAACAAGUAGACGUUCAAUUAUUGGAACGGGUGAGCCGUGAUUUCAAUUUGGACUAUCAAAAACUGCUAGUUACACAGAUCAUCAGCAUUCUACAAAGCCAGGAAAUGCAAUACGAAAUAAAAACAGACAUUUUCGGCGAUGAAGAAUUAGUAAUGCUGAGCAAUGUUGAGCAAAUACGAACUCAGUGUCAACCUUAUAUUAAAAAAGUCAAAAAUACCGAUUUAUUGACUUCAGAAUUAAAGCUGUUUAUAAAAGAAAUCCAUAUAUAUUUCUAUGAAUUGUAUUUAGCCGUCAUUGAGUUACUAGUUUACUUUGAUGCUGUACCCAAAGAAAUGCAAGUAUGGAUUAGUAUUUUACAUUUUCUUAAACAUAAAAUGAUUACGCGUCGCCGCAAUCGUCCGGGACAGUGUGAAACCGAUUUAUGGUUUGAAUCCCAAAAAGAAAUUCGAGUUUUACCUAAGAUAGCGCGCUAUCGUUUGCCCUUUAUGUCAAUUUCAUUCCACGGCAGCAAAUUAAAGGUAGCCAAAAAGAGAUGUUUAUUUCGGUCUCGUGAACUCGAAACUGAAGAAGGUUCAGAUUAG